AUACGAAAAACGGAAGGAGAGUGUAGGAGUCAUAGACCACUACCGUUGCAGAGUAUAAUAAAUAACAACAUCUAAAUUCAUGUUAACUAUUUAUAAUUACUUACAGACUUAAACUUUUUCAUCAUGGCUUGUGUUGAUGACCUCCCAGAAGAAAUUCUGGAGUAUAUUUUGUGUCUUAUAUCACCUUACAAUGACUUAAGAAAUUGUAGACAGGUGUGUCAGCGAUGGUAUACAUGUUGUCAAGGCGUUGUUGAAAAAAGGAAGUCUCGUUUCUUCUCUGCUCUUCGAGCUGGCUGUGUGGAAUGGUUUAGCCCAGUGUACCCAAGUCACAUCAUUCCCAUCAGCAGGAGAUACUCGCACUCAGCAUGUGUGCAUGAAUCCUCCAUGUAUGUUUUUGGUGGAUGUACAUCAACGAAUACUACCUUCAAUGACUUAUGGCGGUUUGACUUGGGGUUACAUGAAUGGACUCGUCUGUUGACAACUGGCACAUAUCCUUCUCCAAAGGCCUAUGCUUCUAUGGUAACAUGGAACAAUUGUCUAGUGUUAUUUGGUGGUUGGACACACCCAUCCCUCUACCCACUACACCAGCAGUGGGUCUUGUUUAGUGAACUUCAUGUUUAUGAUAUUUUGGGUAAUCGUUGGACCCAGCUGUACUAUCCUGGAUCACCACCACCAACAGCUGGUCACUCUGCAUCUGUACAUGGAAGUGUGAUGGUUGUGUUUGGGGGCUUGCAGAAACAAGAGGGAACAUCUGCAAGUACUAAUGAUGUAUUUUGCUUGGACCUUGUAAGACAAUGUUGGUUUAAACCAGUUGUAUCUGAUCCCAUGCCAAAGCCUAGAUACGGUCAUUCGCAAAUUAAGUUAAAUGAAAAGCACAUUCUCAUAUUAGCAGGAUGUGGAGGUUCUAAUAAAUUGUAUAAUGAUAUUUGGCUUCUAACAUUACCAGACAAUAUAUAUGAUCCAAGUGCUAAGUGGCAGUGGGAACAAAUUUCAUUAGAGGAGUCAGAGUUUAUGCCUUCACAGAUGUGGUACAAUCCUGCUUGUAAAGUUGGGAAUAGCAUAGUUGUAUUAUCAACCUGUGGUUCAAACAGCAACUCUGCAGGUGGCAAUAUGUCACAACUUCUAGUACCAGGUUCAGUAAGGAGACAACCUGCCAAUGUUUGGGUUCCUCCAGCACAGCAGCCAGAAGUCCAGCCACAUGAGCAUCCUCCUCCAGAUCGUCAUCAGUUGGAGCCAAAUGUGAAUGGUCAGCGUGGUUUUCUUAGGCCUGGUUUAAGGGCUGUAGACCAGGCGGAAUCAAGCAGUGAUGAGAGUGAUGAUAUUAAUCCACAAGGGGCUCCAGGUGGGCCAGGAGUACCAGGAAGAGGAAGGCCACGACCAUCAAUCAGACCCAAUGCAUCCAGUGACAGAGAACGCCGUCUUCAAGUCUUGUCAAGGAUGAAGGAAAGACUUCGUGAAUUGUCGAGGCACCAGCAAGGGGAACAAAGUGCAGCAGCACCUGUGAAACCAGCUCCUGCUAGAAGUACAGUAAUUCCUCAUAUGUUGGACAUAGGUCAUGUUAUAACUACCAAGAGAGCAAAAUGGUGGCCAGUCAAUCAAGGUGGAAUCCUCUCAACAAGCUCAGGCACACCACCUCAGCCAUCUCUCCUGUAUUCUCUAGUUCUUGGUCGAGGUCACCUUGUUAUGUUUGGUGGCAUUCCACAUGACCCCACUGGAGGACAGGGACAGGAGACAGUUUCCAACUCUGUAAUAUUUGUGUCUGCUCCUUCCAGUUCUUUUAUUACUGCAUAAUUAGCUUCGUCUAAAUGCUAAGUUCAAUUUCUUUGCUCUCUCAGAUGUUUGAAGCAGUUUGCUGCUUUAUGAUGGAUUUCAAAUAUAUCUAAAAAAGAGAGAGAUAAACUUCUGUUGAUACUCUUGAGACCCUAUAUCUUUACCAUAUUGACUGGCCUAUAAGAUACAUUUUUUUUUGAAAAAGGAAAUACAUACCUUCACCUACAAUGCCUGUUUAGUGGAUUAAAGACCAAGUAACAAAAUUGUAUCAUUACACUAAUUUCAGGUUACAUCAAAAUCAUUUUCCAUAAAUUUAUAGUGAAAUGAAGUCUUGUUUUCUGUAAAAUCCUGUUGAACAACAGAUGUGUCUUGCAGCCUGGCAAAUUUGGUAUGCAUAAUUCAAAUUCAUAUAUUUUAUAAACAGAUUAGAAAAAAACAUUCCUGUAUGUUAUUAAAAAGAUAAAUAGUAUUUUAAUGCAUUAUUUGAUUUAAAGUAAUUAGCACAAGUAUUUGCUACUUUAAGUACUAAAUACCCCAGUGUAGAUUACAGCAAUAUGCAUCUUCAUAUCAUGUUUUUUUUAUUUACAAAAAAAUGUGGAUCAUAAUUUAAUAAUUGAGCCAAAGUUUACUUUUCUUUCAUUUUUACUACCACAAUAUCCCAUAUUUUCCUUUGUUUACCAUGAAAUACCAUGAUAUGCAUUCUGAGAUUUAAAUUUGAAUUCUCUUUUCUGUUAGAUGUAGCAUGGACGCUACUAACUUUUUCUUUUCUUGUUUUAACUCUAAAGGAAAACUGUUCUCAUUUAAAUAAGAAAAAAGGUAUUUCCAUUAAUUAUUCAGUUAAUAUAAAGGUGUAAGUGAAAUUGACUUGUCCAGUUACAAUCUCUGUUGCUCUUAUAUGAAAUAAAGAAUAUUGGACAGGAGUUGUUGGAAUGUUACUGGAGUAGCACGUUGGUUUUAAGUUAUGCUUCAUGUCUGAUAUAUCAUGAUUCCUGGUAAGGAACUGAAGAAAAGGCCUUUUCUCCUUAAGAGUAGCAACUUUUAACAUUACAGACAAGAGAAAUACUUCUGUUCUUCUGAUCGCAUGCACAUUUCAAAUGAUGGUCACAUAUUCAGCAUCAGAUAAGACUACUAAUUUUUGUUCUUUUGUGCGCAGACAUACAUUUCAGAUGGUCACAUAUUUCAGCAUUAGCUUUGGUUUGUUACAUAUAUGCAAUAUACAUUCAGAGCAGCUUUGCCCCAUUCUGUGAUUAAUUUCUGGAAUGUUUUUGAUCAUGUUUUUAGAAUUUCACAGUAAUUUAUUGAACAGAUGAUAUCAGGGAAAAGAUUGCACAUAGAAAUUGUGUUUUGGUUGUAUAAUUGCAUGGAUAUUAAUAUGCUAUCAGUUUUAGAUUGUUUUGAGAGCUUGAUAGACAGAGACAAAAUAUUUUGAUGAUUGAGCCCUUUGUAAUCUUUAUUCUAAACUGGUAUUGAUGAAAUGUUUAGUUUAAUCAUAAUACUUUAUUUUCUUACAUCACUUUUUUCAGUGAUCUCUUGUAAAACCAUUUUUAUGUAUAUGCUUUUCAUCAUUGCAGGUUCCCCCUCUCAAGGAUUGAAUAUUAUUUGUUCAAAAUUAAUUUAAACAGUAUGAUUAAAUUAAAUGUUUUGUAUAUUUUUUAUUAUCUUUAGGAGAGUAGAAAAAAAUAUAAAUUUAAUAAAUUUGUGAAAGUGCCAAAAGCAUUGGUUAUUUACUGCUUAAU